AUGGAGACUCAGGUAGAUAGUCAUUCAUUACCAAAUUCCUCAGAGUCACAAGUCAAAUCUAGUCUAAGUUCAGAUUCACUAAUAUUCAGACCUACUAAACAUAGAAUCACACCUAUAAUAUUACCCGAUGAUGAUAACGACUACGACAAUGAUAAUGAUGAUGACAAUGAAAAUAUAACAAUCCCAACAAUUGAAGAUACAAAAAACAACGAAUCAAAAUUAUCAAAAGGUCAAGAAGAAAACGAAGAAGAAGAAAUAACAGAAAUCGAUGGGGAACAAGUGAAAAACUCUGCUAGUCCGUUUCUGAAACAAUUGAAUGAAAUGUUAAAUAAUAAUGAUCAAGAAUAUAAGGCCCGUCAGAAGUUCCUUGCAUCAUAUUCUCAAGACACACAAGUAAUAGGAGACACACAAGUGAUAGGAGACACACAAGUGAUAGGAGACACACAAGUGAUAGGGGAUACACAAGAGAUAAAAAAGGUGCCCGUCCAACAUAAGAGUAGGUCAAAAGAAAAGCGUGCAAUUUUGGCAGAUACACAAGUUAUUGACAAUACAACGAGACUUCAGAACACUCAAGUAAUAGAGAACAAAGUAAUAAUUGAUGAUACACAAAGGAUACCAAAAAGGGAUACACAAUCAACACCCGAGAUUGAUAACAAUAUUGCAAAUAAAAAACGAUUCCCACUUGAUAGUGAUAGCAUAGAAGAUACACAACCGGAUAUUGACAUGGAUACUCAACGUAUACCAAAGUUCUUACCAGACACACAGCCCAUAAAGAAAAGAUCAGCAGAUGAUCGUAUUUUAAUAGGUGCUGUCGAGGAGACCCAACAGGAUACACAAAUUGGUGGUUCAUUCCAACUAGAAUUAGAGAGUCAAGAACCUACUAGAGUCAUGGGGGAAUCACAACCUACACAAAAAGUCACAGCACCCAGUGAUACACAGGUAAUCCUGAAACCUGUAAACAGAUCUAAUGCUGAUAAUUCCAAGUCUCAACCACAAGUAUUGAAUACUCAAGAAUUUUCCAAUUUAUCACUCAGUGAAUCACCAGAGAAGGACGAUAUAGAAGAAAUACAUACAGAUAAUGAUGAAGAAGAAAAUACCAAAGACGAAGUUAUGAGCUAUGAUGAUUCAGUUUCCAAUCACCGGUUGAAAAGAAGAAUACCCAAUAGUCCACGAAAGCUCAAACGUCGUAACACUGAAACUUUAACCACAUCAAACCACCUCAGUUCAUCUACACCAAAUAUUUUCAAAAAUGAAGUAUUACGACAACAUUCAGUUCCAUUAGUUUUGGCAUCCCCGAUUGGUAUUCAUAAAGCAUCUUCAUCUCCAUUGAAAUAUAAAUCAAUUCCAGAAGAAGAAAAGAGUAUUCGUACAGAUAGAAUUGAAGGUGAUACAAGCAAUAUAGAUAUCGAGCAGUUCCCAUCAUCACCUAGCAAGCUUACAAAGAUCCUGUUUGACGCCGAACACGAACCAUCUGAAUUGGAUGAAUUAGAUUUUGAUUACUCCAAACAGAAAGAUAAAAUACAAGAUGUUACUCAAGUUGAUGACGAUGAUGAUGAUGAUGACAUAGAAAUUGUUGAAGUUUCCAGUAUAGCCAAAAAGAACAACAAUGAUGAUCUAGAUAGUUUUAUUAAUGAUGAUGAAGAAGAAGACAAUGAUGAUCCAUUUGAUGAAACAUUUGAGGAAGGUCCACUGGAUGAACCUAUCAUCCCAAAACCAAGAACAAGAAACAUAAUAGAUUCUCAAUCAAGAACCACUACAGAAGACGACUCACUUAUUGAUGAAAGCACUGAACCUGAUGUUUUACGUGCAGAAGUGUCUGAAAUAUUGACUGAAGCAGAUAUAAUCAAUCAUGAAAGUGUUUGGGCUAUAUAUACAUUAAAAAUGUAUGCCGGGAUGUUAGUUGCCAAGUAUAUUGACAAUCUGAAUGUGGAUUUUAUUGAAGGAACAUAUAGUAUUAAGAAUACUGAUUUGAAUUUGUUAGAUAUCAGAAUUGGAGACACAUUGAAUAUUAGACACGAUCGUCACAAGUACAUUGUUACGGGACUAUCAAUUGUAAAUUCUUUUCCUGGAAUUAGAUGUAUGAGAGGUUAUAAUGUUGUACACUUACAGAGACACCCAAGAAAUAAAAGUAGAAAUGCAAAAGAAAUCACUGUUCCUUUAUCAGAAUGUUUUAUGGAGUUGAGUGAUUGGGCCAAACAUCAACAAAGAUUUAAAUUAAUCAUUGAUCAACGUGAUGUAUUCUCAAAAGAAAUAUUACCUGCUACAUCCAUAAAGUCAGGUACAUUAUCAAGAUACUCUAGUGAUAUAAAACCUGAAUCUAUUGAAUCACAAGCAUUUCAAGGUAUGCUUUUCUAUAUGACCAACAUUGAAGGUGAACGGAAAGAAGCCCUUAAGCAAACAAUUGAAAGCAAUGGUGGGAUAUUAUGGGAUAAAGAUCUAUAUGAAUUAUUUCAAUUCAAAAAAUCCAAGGAAAAAUUGUAUUUAGAUAGUGAAAAACUAGGUGAUUUCAAAUUCAUUGCUUUAUUAACAAAUGGUCAUUGUCGAAAAGCAAAAUAUAUUCAAACUUUGGCAUUGGGAUGGCCUAUAAUUCUGGAAAAAUUUAUUGAUGACACAAUUGCAAAUUCAAAUAAUAUUCACAAUUGGUAUAAUUAUUUACUUCCUUCUGGGUUUUCAGCAAAAUUGAAUACUAUAAAGAGUAGUGAUGUGUUUAAAUUUAGAAACAAUUUUCAUAAUGGGAAUCUUAUCAAAGAUCAAUUGAGAUUAAAUAAUAAUCUACUCCAAGAUUUCAAUGUAUUAGUGUUGCUGAAUAAAUGUGCCAAUUUUGAAUUAAUGGAAACGUGCAGGUUUGUUUUUUAUUCGUUUGGAGUUAAGUCGUUAGAAUAUUAUACUAAAGCAGAUCAAAUCAUUUCUGGUAUUAAAAAUCUUGACAACUUGAUGAUUUUUGAUGAGAGUAAUAAGAUUGAACAGGUAUUAACUAAUUGGGAAAACAAAGCAAAUAAAAAGAGCAAAUCAAAGUUAAUUUCUGUAAAACUAAUCGAUUGGGAAUGGGUAGUUCAAUGUGUAAUCAAUGAAACAUUGCUAGAGUCAAAGACAUUGUCAAUUCAUAUUUAA